CACACAUUCGGGCCGCCUUUGAAACAGAAACCCUAACCCCACCUUUCAUCUUCACUCUUGUUUUCCACUUUUCCCUGAGAAUAUAACCCGACAAACUUGCCUCCGACCUUCUCCGCCAUUCGCCUCCUCUUCACUCUUCUGUACAAGUAAGCUUUUGUUGACAUCACUUGAUUUUAGCACUCUUCAAAACCCUUAAUUUUUCUAAAACUCCUAUCAACAAAAUCAAACAUGGAUCCCGAAGCCCAUCUUCAAUCACCUAAAUCAAAGGAAAAGAAGAAGAAACACAAAGUAAAGUACUUUGAUGCUUCAAUAAAAAUGGUUAAGAAGAAUCCACAAAAAAAUCUACCUAUUUUAGGCUACACAGCUUCUGGGUUCGACCCUUUCUUAAACCCAGAAUCAAACAACAUUGGGCUUUACAGACAUCAAGAAAAGGAAAAAAGGGUUGAACUUGUUGUCAAACCAAAAGGCUUUGAAGUUGAUUAUGUGGGUACAAGUUAUUCUGGCGAAACAGCUAUUGGUGGAAUGGGUAGUUGUGGUCUUCUUGUUCUUAAUAAGAAAACCCAAUUGUUAAAUUUUGUUCCUGUCACUGCUAACAAGACAUUCAGGCUGCUUCCGUUGGCUAGAGCAUCGCAAAUAUCUGACAAGGAACCUGCUACUCCCACUAUAAUAGAGUCCGCAGAGGUGAAAAGACAGAAAGAAUAUGAGCUUACAGACCUUUAUGGUACUAAGGAUGCAAAAAAGAAGAAAAAUAAAGCAAUGAAACUGCGUAUGAACCAAGAUACUGGUGAUGCAGAGGAGGUGGACCAGAUCAUUGAGGAAGAAAAAAUGGACAAUGCAGCCCUUGCUAGUUCCAGUUCAGACACUACCCGUGAUGUUCCCCCUCACAAUCUCUCUGCUACAACCCCAGAGGAGGCUUAUCUGCUUGAUAAAAUUAUACUCAAAGGAGAAUGGGAUUAUGUGAAUGAUGUUUUAGAGCUGUUGCAGGCUGGACAGGAGUUAAAACCAGAUAUUUACCCUAGUUUUGUGUGCAACAGAUUUCACAAAUUGGUAUUGAGCAAGGAUGAGGCAAAGAAGAGAAAGCUUGCUGGCAUCUUAUCAUAUAUAAGUCAUCUUGUUAACUUUAAGAACUGGAACUCCCUGGAUGGGUCGUCAUCCUCCAAGCACCGUAAACCUCCUCCGAGAAUUCUCUCACAGAAAUUCACCAAAAUGUUUAUCGAUUCAGAUAAAAACAGGCUCGCAGAUGAUAAAAUUGGCUCCCUCAUUGGUUAUGUGCUGGUUCUUACUCUGUUUGUUGACGAGUUUGAGACUGAUUUUACAGACAUUUCCAAGGAUCUGAAGAUGUCUACCCUCACGAUAAGGCCUUAUUUCGAGAAUUUGGGCUGUCGGUUUAAGAGACAAAAAAACGUGACAUUGGCUACCCUUCCCAUUCCUCUCACGUUCCCAACAAUUAGGAAGAAGAGAAGAAGAGGUAACAAAUAAUGUCAUCGUCUCCAAAACCAUUUUUCCGUUGUAGAGAUUAUGUACCAUACGAAAAGAGUACAUCGUUUUUGGGUACCUAGGAAACUGAAAGCGGUUUGGUAUAAUUGCAUUUUCGAGUUGCUGACGGUAAAUUUUGCAAGCGAUGGUUGAAAGUUGAAACAAAUUUGAAAAUUAGUGACUUCAUGACUAAGAGAACAAAGUGCAUAGACAUACAAGUAGUUAUUUGGUUAUGUUUGUUCACGUUAUUAUUGGUUUUAAUUUGGGAAGACAUGCGUUUUAUGCUUCAGUUUUAAUCUGGGAAGACAUCGUCUAUCAUUUUCAUUGCAUUUACAUUCCAUUUAACAUUUUUGCUUUUAGA